AUGUCCAAAGGACAGAAGGAUAGGAUGUCCGAGGGUCAGGAGGAUGGAAUGUCCGAAGGUACAGAGGGCAGAAUGUCCGAAGGUACAGAGGGCAGAAUGUCCGAAGGACAGGAUGCCCAGAGGUAUGAGAGACAGGAGCACGAACCUCAGGCUGACGAGCCUCCACACCAUGACAAGCCUCCGCACCCUGAUGAGCCUCCCCACCAUGACAAGCCUUCGCACCAUGACGAAUUCCCCCACCAUGAUGGACCUCCACAUCCACCACAGCCUCUGCACCCAGACGAACCCCCACAUCUACUGCAGCCUCCACACCCAAACACACCCCCACCUCCCCCGCAGCCACUACAACAGCAGUAUGAGAUUCGCAUAGAGUGCAGGCAGCGACCCGACGUCGACAUUGACACCCUCACACAAAGUGCCGUCUUUCCAAAAAUUUGA